AUGGCAGCUUCUCAGGGACAGCUGAUGUUCCAGGAUGUGGCCAUAGACUUCACUCAAGAGGAGUGGGAAUGCCUAGACUUCGGUCAGCGGGACUUGUAUAGGGAUGUGAUGUUAGAGAAUUACAGGAACCUAGCCUCCUUGGGUCUUGUGGUCUCUAAGCCGGACCUGGUCACCUUUCUGGAGCAAAUGAAGAAUCCCUGGGAUGUAAGGAGAAUGGACACAACAGCUACAUACCCAGCUCUGUCUUCUCACAACACCCAUGGUUUGAUGUCAAAGAAUCCAAGGUUCGAAAAUUUAAUCCGAAAAGCACACCUAGGGCUAUAUGAACGAGCUCACCUCGGAACUGACCAUUUAACCAAAGCCUGGGGAUACCCAAGGGCCUUAAGUAGGAGCUCCAACCCCAAUAGUUACCAGAAAUGUGACAAAGCAUUUAACCAGAGUUCAAAACUUAGUCAACAUCAUCGAAUCCAUAUUGGCCAGAAGCCUUAUAAAUGUAAGGAAUGUGGCGAUGGCUUUAGCCAGCACUCAAGUCUUACUUACCAUCAGAGAGUCCAUACUGGAGAGAAGCCUUAUAAAUGUAAGGAUUGUGGCAAAGGCUUUAGCUGGCACUCAGGCCUUAUGUCCCAUCAGAGAGUUCAUACUGGAGAGAAGCCUUAUAAAUGUGAGGAUUGUGGCAAAGGCUUUAUUCAACACAGAGGUCUUACUUGCCAUCAGAGAAUUCACACUGGAGAGAAACCUUAUAAAUGUCGAGAAUGUGGAAAAGCUUUCAGUCAAUACACAACUCUUAUUCAACACCAGCGAAUUCAUACUGGAGAGAAGCCUUAUAAAUGUAAGGAUUGUGGCAAAGACUUUAGCCAGUUCUCAAGCCUUAUGUACCAUCACAGAGUUCAUACUGGAGAGAGGCCUUAUAAAUGUAAGGAUUGUGGCAAAGGCUUUAGCCGGCACUCAGGCCUUAUGUCCCAUCAGAGAGUACAUACUGGAGAGAAGCCUUAUAAAUGUAAGGAUUGUGGCAAAGGCUUUAGCCGGCACUCAGGCCUUAUUUCCCAUCAGAGAGUUCAUACUGGAGAGAAGCCUUAUAAAUGUGAGGAUUGUGGCAAAGGCUUUAUUCAACACAGAGGUCUUACUUGCCAUCAGAGAAUUCACACUGGAGAGAAACCUUAUAAAUGUCAAGAAUGUGGAAAAGCUUUCAGUCAAUACACAACUCUUAUUCAACACCAGCGAAUUCAUACUGGAGAGAAGCCUUAUAAAUGUAAGGAUUGUGGCAAAGACUUUAGCCAGGUCUCAAGCCUUAUGUACCAUCACAGAGUUCAUACUGGAGAGAAGCCUUAUAAAUGUAAGGAUUGUGGCAAAGGCUUUAGCCGGCACUCAGGCCUUAUGUCCCAUCAGAGAGUUCAUACUGGAGAGAAGCCUUAUAAAUGUGAGGAUUGUGGCAAAGUGAAGACCAGACCUUUAGACUACUUCCUUGUGUCCCAGAGCCUUUUCUCCAUUGUCUGCAUCCUCACUUUCUAUGGAGCAUGA